AUGUCCGAUUAUACCGUUGAUAAGUCUGCUGCGGACCAGCCCAUCAAUGGGUUCAAGCCGUUAUCGAACGCGGACGGGUAUUCCCUGCCUACGACCGGAGAUGACCUCUCACGUCUGAGUGCCCGUGGAGAUUUUUCAAUGGUCAACGGGAUCCCCAUGGAAGAGGUGGAUGACGAUGACGAAGAGGUCGACGAAGACUACGUUGCAGUGGACCAUGACGAUAUUAACGAAUUUCCUUAUUGGUUCCGUCGCCCGCCUGUGCAUCAACGCACCAAGCUGGACGAGUUGCAUCCUUUUGUGCAGGUCUUGACUGUGUCGAAUGUGGAGGACUGUGUCAACGUGGAGAGCGCGUUUCCCGAACAAGAGCGCUGUACCCGAGAGAAGUUUGUAUAUCGCCUGAACCGAUGCCCUGAACUUUGCUUGGGUCUCUUUACACUUCCUAUCUUAGGAGAGGACCAGCCGAAACCUCGUCCGACCUUGGUUGGGCACAUCGUUGCGACUCGCAUUUCGACUCCGUUUGUGACCGACAGAGCUAUGGAGCUUCCCGCGAACUGGCAAACCGAGCGCAUGGCUGUGGAGAACGGAGAGACUGUCGGCCAUGACGAAGAUGGUGGCACGAUUGCUAUCCAUUCCUUGGCUGUUUUGCCGGAGCACCAGGGCAAGCAGGUUGCCACCACGUUGUUGAAGUCCUACAUCCACAGGAUCAGAGAAGCACAGAUCGCCGAGCGCAUUUCUAUCAUAGCCCAUGAUCAACUGGUGCCAUUCUACGAAUCUUUUGGAUUCGAGAACCGUGGUCCUAGCAAGUGUCAGUUCGGCGGUGGCGGUUGGACAAAUUUGGUGUUGGAUUUCAUCGGAGAGUAA